AUGGCUGGAGAACAUGGAAACAACGAUAAUUCCAGCGUUAACACCUUGCAAGCCGCCGUCGUAGAAAUUCGGCGUUUGCAGACCCAGAUCGCGGCUAUCGAAGCCGAAAGAACACAUGAGAAAGAAAAAGCAAAAAUGAUUUCAGAAGAGGAGGAAGGAGAGAACAUCAUGGAUGUACAGCCUCUGGCACAGCAUUUAUGGGAUACACAAGUCACGGAAGCGAUCAAAGUUCCUCACCUUCCUACCUUUGAUGGAAAAACUGAUCCUCGAGAGCAUCUGAUGGCAAUUGGAACACAAACUGCCAUAAUCAAUGCUCCAGAACACCUAAAAUGUAAACUACUAGCCGGCACCUUCAAGGAUGUAGCCUUGCGUUGGUAUAUGAACCUUCCAAGAAAUUCAAUAGAAAGCUACGCGGAUUUUCACAAAAAAUUCGUUCACCAGUUCGCCGGAUCGAAACACGUGAAAGUCACGUCAACUAGCCUAUUCUCCAUUCGCCAAAACCACGGCGAAUCGUUGCGUAGUUUUCUAGCCAGAUUCAGCGAGGCCACCAUCAAGGUUUCAAAUCCGAACCAGGAGAUGUUCGUGGCGGCCUUCCACAAUGGGCUAAGAGCAGGACAUUUCAACGAAUCCCUAGCCCAAAAACCAGCCUCAUCAAUGCAGGAGGUAAACAAAAGAGCGGAGUGUUACAUAAAGGGCGAAGAAAGCAACGCCGAGAAAAGGCAAAGAGACGCCAAGGAGAAGGAAUAUGUAGGCCGUGCUACUAGAGCCCCAGAACACCCGCGACCAAAAACGGGAAGUCAUCAAGGAAACACAUGGCAAAGGCACCAUGGUAAGCCAUACCAUCAACCACCAAGGAGAGAGUUCAGGAAUCACCCCGCCGAGGAAGAGUUUACGCCAUUAAACACUUCAAAAGUGUACGUGUUAAACGAAAUUCUGGCCAGUGGCUUGGCAAAUCUCCCCCCAAAAAGAGCCAACAAUAUCCCCAUGGGACUCAACGACAAUGUCUGGUGCUCCUACCAUAGGUGCAGAGGUCAUUCUACGGAAAAGUGCUUCCGCCUAAGGGAUUUGAUCGAAGAACUGAUUAAAAGCGGACACCUCCGAAGGUUCAUUGACGAUGCAGCGCAAGGCCGAGUCGUCGUGCCAAAAAUCCCCAGGCAUGAGCCACGAGAUACUCCGGGACCAAGUAAAGAGCCUCCAAAGGAGAGGAUCGCUGUUAAUACAAUAGCGGGGGGGUUCUCAGGAGGAGGGGAGUCAAGCUCAGCAAGGAAAAGAUAUGUGCGUCGAGCCAUCUCAGAGAUAUAUCUCGUGAGACAACCCCAACCACUCGACGUCCCGGAUUUGGCAUUUACGGCAAGGGAUGGCCUGGAGGUAGCGCCCCAUGACGAUGACCCUUUAGUAAUACAAGUCCAAAUCCUAAACUGCGAUGUAAAGAGAGUACUAAUUGAUUCAGGGAGCUCAGCAGACAUCAUGUACUGGGAAGCUUUCAAGGCCAUGCAAUUAGCGGAAGAACAAUUGCAGCCUUACGCAGGAACUCUAGUUGGGUUUUCCGGAGAACAGGUAGACGUGAUGGGUUACGCCUCCCUACUCACUACCUUCGGGGAGGGAAGUAACGCCAAGACCAUCAAAGUGCGAUAUUUGGUAGUCAAAACUCCGUUCACCUCCUACAACAUUAUCAUAGGAAGACCUGCUUUCAACACCUUAGGGGCGGCCAUGUCCACUCUGUACCUAGCAAUUAAAUACCCUCUAGAUAACGGAGGAGUGGGAACAGUUAGAGGCGAUCAGAUCCUCGCCAAAAAAUGUUACGAGUCCAGCUUGAAGAUACGGCAUCGAGCAUCCAAUACGAAUGGAGCGUCCGAAAGAAGACAAGCCACAGUUCCGGGUGGCAUAAACAUCAUAGAAAAUUCAGACAUGGAUCCAAGGGAAGAAUUUCAAGACAGAAGGGUGAGCCCUAUAGAAGACCUGGAGCAAGUUCAAAUCGGCGAUCUCCCGCACCAAACAACCAGUUUAGGAACGGCGUUGCCCAAUGAGGAGAGAAGAAGAAUCAUCAAAAUAUUGAAGGACAACGCUGACCUAUUUGCAUGGAAACCCUCAGAUAUGCCAGGAAUAGACGAAGGGGUGAUAACACAUAAACUAUCAAUAUCACCCAACACAAAACCUGUCUCCCAGAGAAAAAGAAAAGUUGGGGAGAAAAGGCGAGCUGCAAUAGCAGAGGAAGUGGAGAAACUAAAAGAGGCUGGAUUCAUUGAAGAGAUAAAAUAUCCCACUUGGUUGGCUAACGUCGUCAUGGUGAAAAAGGCCAACGGAAAGUGGAGGAUGUGCGUGGAUUUUACGGAUCUAAAUAAGGCAUGCCCCAAAGACCCAUAUCCUUUGCCCAACAUAGACAGGUUGAUUGAUGGGGCUUCAGGAUGCAAAAUGUUGAGUUUUAUGGACGCCUACUCAGGGUAUAAUCAAAUAAAGAUGAACCCUAUAGAUGCUUGUCAUACAGCCUUCAUGUCGAAUACCUGUAAUUAUUUUUACAACGUUAUGCCUUUCGGGUUGAAGAACGCAGGAGCAACAUACCAAAGGUUGAUGGACAGGGUUUUUUCCGAGCAAAUAGGAAAGAACUUAGAGGUAUACAUUGACGAUAUGGUAGUGAAAACUCCCGAAGGAAAUCGCCAUGACAAAGACCUUUUAGACAUCCUGGGAUCAGUAAGAAAGUACAACAUGAGAUUAAACCCAGCGAAAUGUUCCUUCGGGGUGCAAGCAGGAAAAUUCCUAGGUUUCAUGCUCACCAACAGAGGAAUAGAAGCCAAUCCAGAAAAAUGUCAAGCUAUCAUAGACAUGAGAAGUCCUACAUCUGUGAAAGAGGUCCAAACUUUGACGGGUAGAAUAGCGGCAUUAUCCAGAUUCUUAUCAUGCGCGGGCGAAAAGGGCUUCCACUUCUUCGCAUCCCUUAGGAAGAAUGAAAGAUUCUCCUGGACGCCCGAAUGCGAAGAAGCCUUCAGACAACUAAAGGAAUUUUUUGCAUCGCCGCCCAUCUUGACGCGCCCAUUACCAGGUAAUAUCCUCUACCUUUAUCUUGCAGUUUCUGACAGAGCCUUAAGCUCAGCUCUGGUUCAGGAAGUGGAGGGUGAAGAAAAGCCUAUAUAUUUUGUAAGUAGAACCCUUAGAGGAGCAGAAACAAGAUACCAGAGGAUAGAGAGGUUAUCUCUUGCGGUGGUUGUCACAGCUAGAAAAUUAAGACAAUACUUUCAAAGCCACAAGAUAGUUGUUAGAACAGAUUACCCUAUCAAGAACGUCCUCAGAAAGCCAGACCUAGCAGGAAGGAUGGUAGCAUGGUCCGUCGAAUUAUCAGAAUUUGAUAUCACUUUCUCGCCUAGAGGGGCCAUCAAAUCGCAAAGGCUGGCUGACUUUGUAUUAGAAAUGUCUACCCCGCCAACAACUGAGAAAGCUGCGGCGUGGACCCUCUCAGUAGACGGAGCCUCCAACGUACGGGGAAGUGGAGCCGGAGUAGUGCUGGAAGGACCAGAUGGCGUUAUGAUAGAGCAAUCAUUACGCUUCGCCUUCAAAGCCAGCAAUAACCAGGCUGAGUACGAAGCCUUGAUAGCAGGAAUGAAGUUAGCAAAAGACAUGGAAGUGAAGGAGUUAAAAGCCAUGAGUGAUUCCCAACUGGUAACCAACCAAGUGUCAGGAAAGUUUCAGACGAAGGAACCACAGUUAAUCAAAUACGUAGAGGGAGUGCAAAAUCUAGCUAAACACUUCGACUCGUUCGAAUUAGUUUAUGUCCCUCGCGAGCAAAACAUGAGAGCAGAUCUAUUGUCAAAACUGGCGAGCACAAAGAAACCAGGGAGCCAUAGAACCGUUAUCCAAGAAACGAUCAAAACUCCCAGCAUCGGCGGAGAAGAUUUGAUGAUGGUGAUAGAGGAAGAAGAUUGGAGAUUGCCCAUUAUACGAUACCUCCAAAAGGAUGAACUCCCAAAAGAAAGGGAAAAAGCUUUCAAAUUGAAGAAGACGGCGGCAUGGUAUUCUAUGGUAGGGGAUAGGCUAUACAAAAGGGGAUUUGCAUCCCCCCUCCUCCUAUGCGUCAGCAAGGAAGAAGCAAAACAUAUUAUGUCUGAAGUGCAUGAGGGCUCAUGUGGCAGCCAUAUCGGUUCAAGGGCUUUGGCAGGAAAAAUAUUAAGGGCAGGUUUUUACUGGCCGGAUAUACACGAUGACACCGCCAUGUACGUAAGAAACUGUGAUAAAUGCCAAAGACACGCUAAUUUACAUCACAUGCCUGGAGAGCCAUUGAAAUCAGUAUUAUCCCCAUGGCCUUUUUUCAUGUGGGGGGUGGAUAUUGUUGGACCAUUCCCAGUUGGCUACAAACAAGCAAGAUGGAUCAUCGUCGCCGUUGAUUAUUUUACAAAAUGGAUUAAAGCAGAGCCAGUAUCUAGUAUUUCGGCGGAACAGGUCAAGAUUUUUUAUUCGAAAAAAAUCAUCUGCAGAUUCGGCUUGCCUAAGUACAUCGUGUCCGAUAACGGCACUCAGUUCGCCAGCGAAAAGGUUGUGGAAUUCUGUCGAAGCAAAGGAAUCAAAAACACCUUUAUAUCAGUGGAGCACCCACAAGCUAACGGACAGGCUGAAUCGGCAAAUAAGGUUAUAUUAAGGGCAUUGAAAAGGAGGCUAGAUAGCAAAGGCGAGGCUUGGGUAGCCCACAUCUCGCCCAUCCUGUGGUCCUAUCAUACCACUCCCCAAUCCUCAACGGGAGAAGCACCAUUUACAAUGGUCUAUGGCUCAGAUGCAAUGAUCCCGGUGGAAAUAAAUCCUCCCAGUUGGCGCAGAGAAACCAUAACGCAGGAGGAGAAUGAUAGAGCUUUGGAGGAGAACCUAGACAUGAUCGAAGAAAGAAGAGAGAGAGCACACUUCAGAGAAUUCGCCAUAAAACAAAGGGCCGCUAGGCGUUACAAUACGAGAGUCAAACAGAGAAGUUUUCAAGAGGGCGAUCUAGUGUUGAAAAGACCCAUGGGAAAGGAUAAAGGAGGGAAGUUCGCGGCAAACUGGGAAGGCCCCUUUCGUAUACAAGAAGCCUUUGAAGGAGGAGCAUAUCGCUUAGAGACUAUGGAAGGAAGAACCCUCCCCAGGACGUGGAACAUAGCAAACUUAAAGUUCUACUAUAGCUAG